AUGGAUAACAAAAAUCGUGAGGCCACCUCUUAUUGGAUGGCCAAGAAACUUCUUAUUGUGAUGAGAACCCAUCCUCACUUGUCAAGAAAAGGCAUUGAAGCUGAGAUGCUAAAAUAUGGUGUUCAUUCUAACAAACAGCAAGUGUAUAGAGCCAGACAAAAAGCCAGAGAAGAGAUUGAAGACACAUAUGUUGAAUCAUAUAGUAAGCUGCCAAAGUAUGUUGUGCUUCUAAGGCAACAUAAUCCUGGUAGCAUAUGUAAGAUUCAUUAUGAUAGACCAAAUCUACUAGUUGAACCAAAAUUCCUGAGACUUUUUAUUAGCUUUAAAGGACAGAAAGAUGGCUUUUUAGUUGGUUGUAGAGCCUUUGUUGGAUUUGAUGGAUGUCAUUUAAAAGGUAGUUUUGGUCGAGUAUUGUUGACUGCUGUUGCAUUGGAUGCUAAUAACAGCAUAUUUCCCAUUGCAUUUGCUAUUGCUAAGGUCGAAAACAAAGAGACUUGGAGUUGGUUCUUUCAUUUCUUUGAAGAAUUCUUUGGACCAUUCCAUAACAAUAUUUCCUUAACUUUCAUGAGUGAUAGACAAAAGGGGCUGAACCUUGCAUAUGAACAGCUACUGCCAUCUGUGACUGGAAGAUACUGUUAUAGACAUAUUUGCAGUAACUUCAAGGCUCAAUUUCCUGGAAUGUUACUGACCAGCUUCUUUUGGCAGGCUGCUAAGAGUUAUGAUGCAAUUGGAUUUAAUGAAGCAAUGCAAAGUAUCAAGGACAUGAAUAUAGAAGCAUGGAGGUACUUAUCCAAGAUUCUAGUCUCUGCUUGGGCUAGGCAUGCAUUCUCAACAGAGAUGAAAUGUGACCAUGUCACAAACAACUUCAUAGAAUCCUUCAAUGCAUGGAUUGGAGACUUAAGGGGCCAACCAAUACUAACCCUUGCUGAAGGUUUGAGGAAAAAAUUUAUGAAAAAUUUGCACAAAAGGUACCAAAAGACUUGCACAUGGACGUCUGCUAUCCCAAAAAUCAUUAUCUCAAAGCUAAAGGAAAUUGCUCAGACUUCUAGGAGAUGUUCAUUGCAGAUGGCAAGUGAGGAUUUGUUUGAAGUUAGUGAUGGUGACAGAGCAUUUAUAGUGAGUUUGAACCAGAAGACAUGUGACUGUGGAGCUUUCCAAUUGUUAGGACUCUCUUGCAAGCAUGCUGCACUUGGAAUUAUAUACAGAAGACAGAAAUUGGAGACAUACUGUGAUCCUUGCUUCUCAACAGAAAUGUAUCUCAAGACAUACAGUGGCAUGGUUACUCAAAACAGAGCAAAGCCAGGAAGGGGAAUUGCAAAUACAUGGCUUGAAGGAUUUGUUCUAUGGGAUCAUGUUGAUGGCAAUGUGCCUAUUGUGGUUUCUAGUCAAGGCAGCAACCCAAGUCCAUCAAGUCAAUCUACUGCAAUCAAUGCUGAGUUAAAUUUGCAAACAACAACCAAUGCUACUAAGAGAAAGAGAGAACGGCCUUCAAACAAAUCUGCACCAUCUACUGCACAUAACUCCAAUAAGAAAACUUCAAAAGCCGCACUUCAACCAAUUGCAAUUCAGCCUAUUGCUACACUACAUCCCAGUGGAAGUGCCCAAGUACAAACAGUUGUCAACAUCAAUGAUUCAGCUACUCAUGACUCUCACAAUGUCAGUAGCAGCUUCACAUUUUAG